AUGGCAGAAUUAUUUAUGGAAUGUGAAGAGGAGGAGCUAGAACCAUGGCAAAAGAGAGUGAAAGAAGUGGAGGAGGAUGAUGAUGAUGACGAGCCAAUCUUUGUUGGGGAAAUCUCAAGCUCGAAGCCAGCUGGUACAUAUAUAUUGAACAGAGUCAACCUCAGCUCAUCACGAAGGGGGAUACAGAAUGGUGCACCCAGUAGAGGUACAGUUACUACUUUCAAGCCUGACAGUCACCAUUAUGCGACACCUGCCUCCAGCCCCAGUGCCAUGCCUGUUUCAUCAGUCUUUCAGUCUGUAUCCAGACCUACAGCUAGCUCUGUAGCAGUUCAGCCAUUGUCUAUACCAGUGAAUGUUUCAGGAACUUCACAAACACUUCAGAUGUCUGGGUCAAGUUCUGGAGUAUCGCAGCCUGUUAGCAGACCUGUAACCGUUCCAGUGACGACGCAGCCAGUAACAAGAAAUAUCGCGGUUCCUGUAGUGGCUCAACCGGUAUCCAGGCCAGUGACUACUGUAACACCAGAGCCUGUAAUACUCAAUCAGGAUUAUAUUAUGGAUUCUCCACCAGCUGCACCAGAUAAUACAUCUGGUAUACUGUUUGGUGUGAGACAGAACUCGGGAGUUCCACAGUACCAGACUGGGCCAGCAGUGAAUGUAACAGGUGGUCUGAAUGAGAGUGGUUUUGUAUCUAAGCAUCCUGCUAUUUCUGAAGGCAACACUGUAACUCCAAAAAAGGCCAAGCCUAAUGAGGCUGGUGCUGGAAGCAAUUCAGGUGUUUCACCUGCAGUUAACUCUCCAAGAACACCACCACAAAAUGUACCUUCAAAGGGUACAAAUGCUGCAUCAAGCAUCAUUAAAAAUGGAGGACCUUUUCCACGAGCUUGUCCAAAGUGCAAUAUUCAUUUUAACCUUAUGGAUCCUCUAAAAAAUCAUAUGAAGUAUUGUUGUCCAGAUAUGAUAAAUAACUUUUUCCUGGGAAUGCCCAAAACAGAAUGUUCAAGCACAGCAAGCAAGACUGCUGAAUCGGAGAAAGGAAAAUUGAUUAUGUUAGUUAAUGACUUUUAUUAUGGGAAACAUGAAGGUGACACCCAGCAGGUACAACAGGAGCAGAAGACUCAUACGACAUUUAAGUGCUUCAGUUGUCUGAAAGUUCUUAAAAAUAACAUAAGGUUUAUGAACCAUAUGAAACAUCACUUGGAGCUUGAGAAGCAAAGCAGUGAAAGUUGGGAAAGCCACACCACCUGCCAGCACUGUUACCGUCAGUUUCCCACCCCAUUCCAGCUGCAGUGCCACAUUGAAAGUACACACACGCCUUACGAGUCAUCCACUAUUUGUAAAAUCUGUGAAUUAUCCUUUGAAACAGAGCAAGUUCUUUUACAACAUAUGAAGGACAAUCAUAAGCCAGGUGAAAUGCCAUAUGUUUGCCAGGUAUGCAACUACAGAUCCUCAGCUUUUUCAGAUGUAGAAACACAUUUUAGAACAGUUCAUGAAAAUACAAAACAUUUGCUAUGUCCAUUUUGCCUCAAAGUAAUUAAAAUUGGAGCACCAUAUAUGCAUCAUUACAUGAGACAUCAGAAAAAAGGGAUAUACCGUUGCACUAAGUGCAGACUGCAAUUUUUGACUUGCAAAGAAAAAAUGGAUCACAAGACUCAGCAUCACCGAACAUUUAGGAAACCCAAACAAUUAGAAGGAUUGCCUCCUGGAACAAAGGUGACUAUUCGAGCAUCUGUUGGAUCUCUUCAAUCAGGAUCAGCAGCUACAUCUUCUGUUAGUACAAGCACUUCCACGUUUCAGUUAUCACCUAAAGCUAAAAAUACAACCACAAAAAAUCAUAACAAAUCUAAUACAAAUAAGUCAAAAGCAAAAUCAAAGCCGACUGCAUCGAGGAAGCAAAAUGCGUGGACCAACAGCAAAAAAAAAAAGGACGUUACAAAUAUAGCAUUGCAUCAUCUAAGGUGUCGUUUGGGAACUCACAAAUGCAUUGAGUGUUACUCGGAAAUAAAAGAUUUUGCAAGCCAUUUUCCUGCUUACGUCCACUGUAGCUUAUGCAGAUACAACACUAGCUGUAGUAAAGCUUAUGUGAAUCACAUGAUGAGUUUUCACAGUGCUCGUCCAAGUAAAAGAUUUUGGAUCUAUAAGAAGCAUUCAGAAGAGCUACGAGGUGUGACUGUAGUAUGUCUUAACUGUGAUUUCCUGACUGAUGUUUCUGGCUUAGAUAGGAUGGCCACACAUCUGAGUGAAAGCCACAGUCAUACUUGUCAAGUUAUUAUAGAGAAAGUUUCUGUAGAUAUCCCAACUGCUGAACAAGUAUCUGACUUAAAGACUGAAAUCUCCGUUAGAGAGACAAGCUAAAAAUAUCAUUAAAUGUUACAGAAAAUUUGGAGACCUAAUUUAUCUGAAGGAAAAACAGAAACACCAGCUUUUGAAAGCAAACAAGAGCAUGACUCUUCAGACAAAACAAAAGAAUGCAAUAGAAAUCAAACUAAAAAUGUUGCAUCAGUUGAAAAGAAAGAAGAAAACUCAUCAUUGUCAAAUACAGAAAAUGUUCCUAGUUUGGAACUUCCUGACAACAGCUCAAAGAAUUCUUUGCAUGAGGAAGCAGCAUGUUGUGAUUCAGAUAACAAACAAUUAGUAGAUGGGAAACAAAAAUGUAUUCAUGAUGAAAGUGAGUUGAAAACUUGCCAAAGUUCAGAUAAUGUUAUCUUGAAUGAGCAGACUAAAGUACAUAGCUUUGAUGAAACUACACUUUCAGCAAUGAACGCAAGGGACUUAAGACUGACAUUGGGUGAAGAUGUUAGUUUUGAGCAAUUCUUGAGAAAAAGAGAUGAACCUGAGUCCAUUAGUUCAGACAUUAGUGAACAAGGCAGUAUUCAUUUGGAGCCUUUGACUCCAUCAGAGGUACUAGAACAUGAAGCUACUGAAAUUCUUCAAAAAGGUAAUGUUGCACCUUCAUCAAAGCAAGCUGGACAGCUCUUGGAACAAACAGAUGAGACUUCUAAAGAAAGCAGUCCCAACAGAGUGGAAACAGCUAUAAACAAGACAGACGAAAAUGAAGCAAGCUGA